UCAAAUGCAUUCAAAAGCCUAAAAUAGAAAAAGUUUACAGGAAUCGACUGAGCGAGUGAGCGAGCGCCAUUCGUCACAUCAUACCUACAACUUGCUCUUGCGCACACGCAAUUCACGAGUUAAAAAUGAUCUUAAUUUCAUGGGGUCUUGUCCUGAAUUGAAACACUAACUAUAAUUUUCUACCUAAAGGCACUCAGUCUAAUCAUGGAGGUGUCAAUCUAAUAGAAAAAUAUUGUGCAACUUCUCUCAGAAAGGGUAACAUUCAGCAUUAACAGAAGGGGUUACAAACAUUAUUAUGAGAAAUUUAAUGUAGAAGUAUGCUCCCAAAAGUAUCCCAAAAUUGUAAUUUUUCUCUGCAACAUUAAAAAGUAUUAUGAUUGUAUGAAAUCAUCCCUUCUGAAGAAGGAGAAUUUGCAACAUUGUAGGUUUUUGGAUAGGUUGCUGAGCAAGGCUUAAAAUUACCAAAAUCCAAACAAUGAUUUUAAGCAUGGUUAAGACAGUGGUUGAAAUAUCAGGAGUAAGUUUAUACAAAUAAUUCCAUAACAAUAAUAGCUCAUGAAGGUUUGUUAAAACAGUUUAUACUUUUGUUUUCAGUAUAAGGACUGAUUACCGGGAAGAUGUUGAAGCACUCAAAAGGACUCAAUAUUUACAAAAGGUUCGUGACUUGUGGACUGGAAUUGCAGAAUUCCACUCUAUGCAAGAACCCCAGAGAAAGAUAGUGGACACAGUGCUCAUGGGUGAAGCAAAUAAGUACCACAUUGAUGUGUCAGAUGUAGAACCAAGAGUUCCAGAUAUGCUGCUGAGAGAUUCUGAAAGGGAGAUAAGGAAGAGAAAUAUUGAAGACACUUAUUGUGGUGGAAAAGUGAAUCUUCUGAGUCUUAUUCAACUUUGGAAUUUGUCACUUAGUAAGAUAAAGGAGCAGAUUUACCAAGAACCUCUGCCCAGCUUAGAGGAUUACUGUCCAACAGUGAGGUCAGCAUUUCACUCCCACAAUGCACAUCUUUCCAACGCUAAGGCACUAAGGGCAUCUAUAGAAGAAACUAUGCCGACUAUGAAGGAAUCUAUUAAGGAAUUGAAGUUAGAAUGUUACAGGAGUUUGGAGAAGAAACCUAGCAAGGCAUCACAAGGACCUGUUGUGUUUAAUCUUGGCCUAGUUCCUCCUACUCCUCCAGUAUCCUUUGCACCUGCUGACACACCAAUGGCACAGAGAAUUACCUCUUUUCAGGACAGUCUCAAGCUUUCACCAGAAACAGUUUCUACACCUGAUGUAAUUCAAGCAUGGACCAAAUCUGCCAGAACAAAGCAGUUGUAUGGUGAAAAAGAAUCUCUUUUUAAGCCCAGAAAUAAAAAGGAGGAAUCUUCUAGGCUUCCACGGCCAAUACAGUAUUGCCAUGUCACUGAAACCCUGAACACAAGAGCUGUCACCUUCCAAUCAACUGAAAAGAAAAAGAAGCCAUCCUCUCAGCCAUGUGUUGAGAAAAGUCUGCCUUACUCAUCACAUUUCACUCCAAGAGCGAAGCAAGUUGAAAAGCACCAGUCUCUGAAACCUAAAGUACAGAACAUUUUGGCAGAUCAGAUCGCGGAUGCUGUUGCUAUACAGGAAACUACCUCAAGCUCUCUUUCAUCAUCAAGCAGUUCAUCCCGUGCCACCUCCCCUCAGCUUCAAGCACUCGAGGAUCCUGCAGGUGCGCUAGGACAAGGCGCAUUUCAACCUCGAGAUCGGAUUCCUAGAACUCCAGCUAAAUCCGACGAUGGUCACAAGCGAGCAAAAGUGGAAACAUUUACUCGACAAAAUGCUGAGACAAAGACCGGUCGCUUUCUCCAAGCCAUUCUUGACGAGUCCACUGAAACAACCACUUCCAAUCCUGUUAGAGGAGGCCUGUCAAGGGUUAUUCCUCCACGAGAUGUUAGUGGUCUUCUGUAUUCUGAGGGCAAAAUUUCCUCAAGUCCACUCAGGACCUCUUUGGUCCACGAAAAAACUCCUGAACUUGAUACAUCGUCAUUGCGACCAUUUUCGUCUCUCAAUCAUUCUAGUGAUAAGCCCGCUUACUGCACUUCUGCGCACGAAAGUUUUAAUCGCAUCAUGUUUCAGCCUACACCAAAGUCAGUCACAAAAUCGCUCUUCGAGGAAUCGCCCCCACAGGAAAUGCCACAACAACAAAACGAGGCUCCUCCUGCUCACCCAACCACCCAUCUCACAGCAAUGUCGGACGAGAUGCCUCUAUCUAUGAGGCAAUCUCCUAGUCUUGAAUUCUGGCUUCGCCCACAAGGAGGAAAUUUGGAUGUUGAUGUUCAGGAGGAAGCUACGUCGCCAAGAACAGAUCUUAGUCCUGACGAAACCCCUGUAGAGAGCGGCAAUUCAUCGUUUAAUGGCAUUGAAUUUUUCAGUAGAUUCUCUGAAAAAAUCCCACUCAACACAGAUAAAGCCAGGUCGGUGGUGAGGACAUCCCAAUCUCAUAAUACUUCAGGCGCACGUGCCUCAACCAAAUUAGGGGCAAUUGUCACACACACCGCGUUUCAAAACGUUCCGUCGUCAGCUAGUGAAGUUGAUACUUCUGCACUGAUUCAAAGACUUAACAAGAUUAAAUUGACGCAGCUCUCGUUGAGUUCUCCACGCUUAGCUCCGUCAGGGCUGUCUGAGUCUCAUGCAGCAGAUAGCUCAACAAGUGAACAGGACGAAAGGCGGGGGCAAACACCUGACUCGUCGUUAUUUGCCUCUAGGCUGGACCAGAUAAAACAAGCGCAAAAGAGUCAACAGGUGACCCCUGGAGCAAACACCGAUGGAGACCUAAGUAAUAGUCGUACAAGUGAGCCAGCUCUACUGACACCGCUGACUCCAAGCAGCAGGGGCACACCCGAUGAGGAUGGUAUCAAGAAUGGCUUUGCUAACUUUUCAUUUAACUCACCGCAGCCCAUAACAAGCCUGUCUGGUUCGCCAUCUUCUCCAAAAGAUAUAGAUCUGUCCGUGCAAACAUCGCUUAGACUGAAAAAUGGCGGGGAAUUUCUCAGCCUUCUCCAAGAAACACCUCGUAGGUUUGAGGGGCUUUUUGAAGAUAUUCCAUGGGAGACAGCAACACCAAGUCUUCCAGAGAGAACCUCACACAAAGUAGAGGAUGAUUUAGCAGAAAAAAGUUCCAUUCUUCCGGGGAUGACUGGUGUUCACAGUUCUUCGCCGUACAACAUUUCAACGCCACUUCUGUUGAAUUCUGUGCGUAUGCCGGACGGAGCCAGUCAGAUUUCUUCGUCCAAACACACCUUUUCAGGUUAAGGGGGUUUCACCUUACAAGACGAAACAGACUUAUCAAGGCGCCAUGAUUUACCGUCUCCGUUCUCAUAUCGAGGAAGUGUAGCAAGUCAUGUCACUUCCCCGCGGCCACACGAGUCUCAACACUCCCCUGUCGUUGGCCAGUUGAUAGACUUUGAGUAGAAUUAUUUUCCACUGAGCAUUGACUGGAUUAAGCAGCUUCUUUACACGAAGUAGUGGCCAUAGUGUGGACUUUUUCCGAACUAUUACAUUUUAAUCAAGUGAAAUGAAAUAAUAAAUCAACAAAGAAACAACA